AACCCAAAUCCGGUGUGUAACCCUCCUAGGAGAGUACCAAUUAAAAUAUUUGACAAAUUAAGAGAUCAGUUAAAUUUAAUGGUUAAAUUAGAAUUAAUAGAAAGUUGUACUGAACCGAGUGAAUGGCAAAGCAACCUUGUAGUGAUUGAAAAACCUAACGGCUCAUUGAGAAUAUGUCUAGAUCCAAAAGACAUCAACGCUAAUAUAAUAAGAGAAUUGUAUCAAAUACCUACGCUUGAGGAAAUAAGGCCUGCGCUUGCUAGUAAAAAAUAUUAUAGUCUGUUAGAUUUGAAAGAUGGUUUUUAUCAUUGUGAACUAGAUGAGGUGUCUAGUAAUCUGUGUACUUUUAGUAGUCCUUUUGGAUCAUAUAGGUUUAAACGAUUACCAUUUGGUUUAUCAGUGGCCCCUGAAAUUUUCCAAAGAUUAAUGAUGAAAUAUUUUGGAGGUAUUAGUGGUGUUCAUAUUUAUUUUGAUGAUUUACUUGUUUGUUCAGAUACUAAGUCUGAACAUGAUUUAAUAAUAAAUAAGGUAAUAGCAAACGCCCGAAAAUACAAUAUUAAAUUUAAUGUAAAGAAGUUUCAAUACUGUGUUAGUGAGGUAAAAUUUUUAGGGUUCAUAUUUAACGAGUUUGGUGUUACUCCUGAUCCAGAAAGAAUUAGAGUAAUUCAGGAACUAAAUGAGCCAAAAAAUAAAAAAGAACUCCAGUCAUUUCUAGGUUUGAUAAAUUAUCUAAGAGCUUUUCUUCCAAAUUUAUCUGAAAUUGUAACCCCAUUCAGGGAAUUAUUAAAAAAAAAUGCUUUGUGGAACUGGAAUAAACAAUGUCAAUUGACCUUUAUUAUACUUAAAGAAUCUCUUUGUAACAUACCGACCUUAAAAAAUUUUAAUGGCAAGUCUGGAUUAGAAAUUCAAUGUGAUGCUUCUGAAAAAGCAAUUGGUUGCUGUUUAUCUCAGAUGAAAAGUCCUAUACAUUUCGCAUCGAGAUGUUUAAGUGAGACAGAGGUUGCAUAUGCUCAGGUGGAGAAAGAAAUGUUAGCAAUUUCAUUUGCUUGUUCAAAAUUUCAUUCAUUGAUAUAUGGUCAAAAAAUAAAAGUAUAUACAGACCAUCAGCCUCUUGUUACUAUUAUGAAAAAAGAUAUUCAUAAAAUUCCUAAUAAUCGUUUAAAAAGACUUAGACUUAAGCUUUUAAUAUAUGAGAUAGAGGUACAAUAUUUACCAGGUCGUUUUAUGUACGUUGCUGACCUUCUCAGUAGAAAUUAUAUAAAAAGAAAUAAUUCUGGUGAAGAAAGUCUAAAGGAUGUAAUUCAUACUGUGAGUGAUAUUGAAUUAAAGUAUAAAAAUUCAAAAGAACAAGAGUUUAUACAGAAAACACGAAAUGAUGAGGUGCUAGGUAAAGUCAUGGAAUAUUGCAAGUUUGGUUGGCCUAAGUCAAUUCAUGAGGAUGGUGAGCUCAAACAUUAUUGGAAGCUAAGAAAUGAAAUUAUAACUAAUAAAGGAUUGUUAUACUAUCAAACUAGGCUGUUAAUCCCAAAGGUGCUUAGAAAUUACAUUUUAAAUAAAUUACAUGAAACUCAUAUUGGGAUUACAAAGACUAAGGCUAGAGCGAAACAAUUAUUCUACUAUCCAGGUAUAAAUGCCCAAAUUGAAAACUUAAUACUAUCUUGUGCGGUGUGUCUGAAAUUCAGUAGGUCUAAAAUUAGAGAACCAAUGUUGUCUCAUAAAAUUCCAGAAAUUCCAUUUUAUAAAAUUGCAAUAGAUAUAGCUGAGUUCGGAGGGAAAAGCUAUUUAAUCGUUGUAGAUUACUAUUCCAGAUGGAUUGAAAUUUUAAAAUUAUAUAAUAAAACAAGUUAUGCAGUAAUAGAAGUUCUUAAAGAGUUAUUUAGUAGAUUAGGUGUCCCUAAUCAACUAAUAGCUGAUAAUAUGCCUUUUAGCAGUUAUGCAUUUAUAGAAUUUUCAAAGGAGUGGAAUUUUCAAGUGAUAACUUCAAGCCCACAUUAUGCGCAGAGUAAUGGUUUAGCAGAACGAGGAGUUGGUAUAGCAAAAGAUAUGUUGAGAAAAAGUAAUUAUACUGGUACGGAUAUUAACUUUUAUUUGCUAACAUAUCGAAAUACUCCUAUCACUGGACUACAAUAUAGUCCUGCUCAAUUGCUUCAGAGCAGAGAACUGAGAAGUACAUUGUUUGUAGAUAAAGAUAAAUUUAAACCUAAAGUAGUAAAGUGUCAUGAUAAAAUUUUGAAAAAUAAAGAAAAGCAAAAGUAUUGGUAUGAUAAGUCAGCAAGGAAAGUAUUUGAAAAUUUCAGUGAAGGUCAAUUAGUAUAUGUGCAAGACAAAUUUAAUAAAAAAUGGAGUGAAGGUACAAUUCUUAAAAGACUAUCAGAGCCUAGAAGUUAUUUAGUUAAGCUUCAAGGUGGUAAUAUAUUGAGGAGAAAUGUGCAAUGGUUAAAAAAUAGAGUAAAUAAAGACUAUGAAGAAAAUACUGAAAAUAAUUUUGAGGAUAAUGUAAUUGAAGAUGAAAACACUCAAAAUAAUGUGGUUAGCAAAAAUACUGAAAAUAAUUUUGAGGAUAAUGUAAUUGAAGAUGAAAACAUUCAAAAUAAUGUGGUUAGCAAAAAUACUGAAACUAAUUUUGAGGAUAAUGUAAUUGAAGAUGAAAACAUUCAAAAUAAUGUGGUUAGCAAAAACACUGAAACUAAUUUUGAGGAUAAUGUAAUUGAAGAUGAAAACAUUCAAAAUAAUGUGGUUAGCAAAAACACUGAAACUAAUUUUGAGGAUAAUGUAAUUGAAGAUGGAAACAUUCAAAAUAAUGUGGUGAGCAAUAAGACUGAGACAAAAACAAAAAGGGGUAGGGUAAUCAAAAAACCAAAAAGAUUUCUAUAAUAUAAUAAUUUUGUUUAUUUAUUAUUCAUUUAUUAUUUUGUUCUAGUUAAGAAAUUGUGUUAUAUUAUAAUAUAAUAAUUUUGUUUUAUAUACUGUUAAGAAUUUAAUUUAAUUUAAUUUAAUUUAAUUUUAUUUAAGUUUCUUAUUAUUUCUUAUUAUAUAUGUACUUCUGAAAUUUAUUAAUUAGAAAUUUAUCUCAAUAAGGGAGAUGUGAUAACAUAGUUGUCAUUAUAUUUAUUAUUAUUAUUAUUAUUAUUAUUAUUUUUUUUUGUAAUAUUAUUAAUUAUGUUAUGUUGGCAGUUAUGUCAACUUGCUGAG